GACUCGCAGACUGGAACCAGGCUGACUGGACGAUGGAGGGAAGACGUGUUCUGCAGCUGCUCUGUCUGACCUUCACUCUCAUCUCCACCACUCUGCCAUCUCCUCCAGGACUGACUGUGAGUCCCAGCAGAUCUCAGUUCCUUCAAGGAGACUCAGUGUCUCUGAGCUGUGAGGAGGACGGAUGGACAGUUUGGAGGAAGACCAGCAGCAGACAGAGGAGUUCAUGUGGAGACAUGUGGGGAAAACCUGCUGGUUCCUCCUGUAGAAUCAGCUACAUGACGACCAGAGACAGUGGAGUUUACUGGUGUGAGUCCAGAGAGGGAGCAGCUGGAAGCAGCAUCAACAUCACUGUAGCUGAUACAGUGGUCCUCCAGAGUCCAGUCCUCCCUGUGAUGGAGGGACAGGACGUCACUCUGGGUUGUAGAACCAGCGCUCCCUCCACCCUCUCAGCCGAGUUAUUUAAAGAUGGCGUCUUCAUUGGGACCGAGUCCACAGGUCACAUGACCCUCCGCCAUGUUUCCCGCUCUGCUGAAGGCCUCUACUGGUGUAGCUUCAGAGGUGUUGGAGAGUCUCCACCCAGCUGGAUCUCUGUCUCAGCUCCACCUACCAAGGCAGCUCCGCCCACUGAGGGAGCUCCGCCCACUUCCAUCACCUUCCUCCAGCUUGUGGUCAGAGUUUUCUGCUACCUGGUGGUUUUCUGUCCGAACUCCAUCUCCACUCUGCUCACGGUGUCUUUAUAUCAAGAAAGAGCAAAAAGAAUGUCUCUUCCCCAAUAUUUGGAAAUUGGCUAAAGUCGCCCCCCGAGCUAAAGAUAAUAAGCUGCUAUUAGUGGCACUAAUAGCAGACCUGUUAGAAUAUUGCCCGCUCUGAGCAAGAUUAUGGAAAAGCUUAUAUUUGCACAAAUUUCACAAUAUUUUAUGAAUCUUAAUCUCACCUCUGAUUCUCAGCAUGCCUUUAAAGACAGCCAUUCUACCUCCACUGCACUUGUCCGUAUUACUGAUGACUGGCUUUGUAAACUUGAUGCAAAAAAUGAUGUUGGGUCGUUCUUCUUAGAUUUCAGUGCAGCCUUCGAUAUGACAGAUCACAACUUGCUGUUGGACAAACUGUCUGCAUAUGGCUUUUCUGGUUGUUCCCUUCAGUGGUUUAAUAGCUAUUUAACUAAUCGAUCACAGUCAGUAUACUUUAAUGGUAGCUUUUCUUCGGCCCUGAGGCUAAACUGUGGAGUUCCACAGGGUAGCUGCCUCGGCCCUCUGUGUUUUUUUAUUUUUACAAAUGAUCUUCCUUUUAUCUUAAAAAGAUCCUCUGUAGCUAUGUAUGCCGAUGAGUCAGCUCCAUAUUAUGGUGCAGAGAACCUGCACAUCUUAAAUCAUACGCUUUAGAAUGAUUUAGGCCAGGUAUUUGAGUGGGUGGAGUCUAACAAGCUUGCAUUAAAUGUUAGUAAAACUAAGUGCAUGAUUCCAGAUUCUAGAAAGCAAUCAAUGAAUAGAAACCUUUUGUCGCUCUUCUUAAAUAAUAUACCCCUGGAGCAGGUGCACAGGUUUGUUCUCCUUGACUCAACCUUAGAUGAUAAUCUGAGCUGGACUAGUCACCUUGAUAAGAUUGCGACAAAAAUGGGAAGAGCUCGUUCUGCUAUGAGAUGAUGUGCCUACUUCAUGACAGACGCAUCGGUCAAAUAUGUCACCUCGUCAUUAGUCUUUUCUCAUCUGGAUUAUUGCUCAGACCUAUGGUCGGUACCACAAAAAACAUAUUCACAAGCUACAGGUACUGCAAAACAAAGCUGCACGAAUGGUUCUUCGCCGUCCAUUUCGGACACACAUUGAAUAUAUGCAGCAGAGUCUCUCAUGGCUACAUGUGGAGAAGAGAUUACAGAAGAAUCUUGUCAUUUUUUUCAGAAUGUACAUGAAAAAAUGAAACCAAGGCCUCUUUUUCAGAAAAUUAUGUAUGUUCAUCAACGCCAUAACCAUUUGACCGGGCGCCAAAUGGCAGAACACAUAUGUCUUCCUAAGGCUCAAACAGGUGCAAUGCAGAGAACAGUGAAGUACAGGGCAGCUAAUCUGUGGAACAACUUACCUUAAGUGGUAAGAAAACAGAACAACAUAAAAACUUUUAAAACCAUGGUGGCGAAACUUUUUAAAGCUUGAUUUAAUCGUUGGUGCAUUUUUAGUGUGUGUUUUAUGUUUUAAUUGUAUUAUUGUCUUGUUUCAUUCUAAUUUAGUUGUGUGUAUAUAUUCCAUUCACUUUUCAUUCCCUUGUAUUUUACUGAUUAAUGGCUUUAUGUAUUACUUCUUAUGAUUGUUUCAUUCUGUGUAUUCUGUUCACUAUCUUUGUAUUUUAUUCUUGUGCACUAUUAAAUUUUAUGAUUGUUUAAGGAGUUAUAGACCUUUUUCACACUUCCUGGUUUUUCAGCCAGAAAUACGUAAUCACUGGGACCUCCACUUCCGGUACCAAUGGCACAAGCUAAAAACAAAAGACACUGUAGCGCACCUGGUUUCCAAAGAACGAAGAGGUCAGACAAAAGUGGGUUCAGCAGAUUAGACACAUCGGCAGCUGGCAUUUCUCUCCAGCAGGCUACGUCCAGGGGCUAAGUGUUAGCCGCCUUAAAACUGAUGCUGUUCCAAGUCUCUUCAGAUGGAAUGAGUUCACACCGCAUCCUACCGGGGAGUCCGUGUACGGCCGUUGCUCCAAACGGUAGUUUGUGGAGUUGUCUGUCCCAGAACUGGAAAGCAAACAGAAAGAAACUGCAGCAAAGGAGGCUAAACUGGACCAUGACGAUGCGACCCCGCCACCAUCAAGUAAGAAGUUCCAUCUGCUGUAACAACAGAUUACAUACAGGGAUUACAUAUAUAACUGUGUUCUUGCCACCCCGGCGGUAUUGUGUCUGUCUCCUUCAAGCUCGGGUCCUCUACCAGAGGCCUG